AUGGCUCUGCCCGACCGCCUCUUCUGCGGCUUCCAGGCGUGCACGAUCUGCGGCCUCCUCUUCGCCAGCAGCUACCAGCGGCACAACAAACAGGACGGCCAAAAGGUCAUCAGGUGCUUUCCGCACUGCUGCCCGCAGCACACGACGCGGCGAUCUUGCGGCACGUCGCUCGUUGUGGAGGUGGGCGGCGAGUACAGCGCCGAAGAAGCGGCGGCAUUUCAAGCGUUUGCGCGCUUUGAGAGCUCGUCGACGACCGAGCUCACGAUCGGGAGCCUUCUUGAUGUAGCGGAGAGCGACCUGCGGCAGCCCGGCACCAUGCGGGGCCAAUGGAUGCGUUGCCAUCGCGACGCCCAAGCGUCCAUGGUAGUACUCUGGCGCACCACAUUACGCUAG